UCCAUGACCACAUAAAGCUAUUGAACAAGCACCUACAACACCAACAUCAUUGGUGGGCAGCGCUCACAUUUCCUUCAGAACAUACAGAUGCAUUUUACAAUAAUAAUAAUAAUUGCUUUAGAUUUCAGUUGUUACAGAAAUUAAAGUCUUUCUUAGGAAACGUGUUUUUGUACCCAAGGAAGAAUGAAAGGCCAGGGGUUGAUGUGGAAAAACCCACUGUGUUCAAGUCAUUGCAGAUAUGCUCAUAUAUGGAGAAGCGCUUGUGGUUUGUGUUUGAUACUGAGGAAGAGAGAUAGAGCUGUGAAUCCAGCAGAACAGAUGAUGCUCUCCAUCCAGACGAGAGGAAACCGGCUUCAUACGGACAUCAAUGCUCAGAGGUAAUACAGACCCAAGACGCUUUGCAAGCAUUUUAGCCAGUAUCUUUACAUCCACAUUCAAAAGACUAAUUGGUCGUCUUCAUCAUGCGACCCUUCAUCUUCCUCAUGAUGCAGUGCAGCGUCGUCAUGAGCGCCAGCUGUCCGGGAGACAUGAACAAGGACCACCGGCCCCGCGUGAGCUGUGUGGCUCAGAACCUGACGGCUGUUCCUGACGGGAUCCAGCCAGACACACAGGUUCUGGUUCUCACACAAAACCACUUCAGUUCUCUGUCCUGGUCCUCGUAUUCUGGAUUCACACAGCUGCACGAGCUGGACCUGAGCCACAAUCACAUCACCACGCUGGAACCACCAGGUCCAGUGCUUGAGAACCUGAGCGUGUUGCGUUUGUCUGGUAACAGGUUAACUGGUUUGGGGGGACUGGUGUUCCGCUGCGCUCCCAACCUGAUGGAGAUCUACUUGGACGGAAACCAGAUUCGUUCUCUUCAUGACGCCACCUUCAGCGAACUGCCACGUCUGGAGAUCAUUAAUCUGUCUCAGAAUAAGCUUCCCGCCCUGCCGUCUCGCCUCCUGGAGCGAGUGUCUUCCAGCGGCUUGAAGACAUUUGAUUUGGAGAAUAACAGCGUCUCGCUGAUGCCCGAUGGGUUCUUCUCAUCUAAACCUGAGUUACCUUACGUUUUCCUGUCCCACAAUCGCUGGCUUUGCAGCUGUGCUGUAGGUUACCUCCACAGCUACCUGAAUGACCAGGAACACAACGUAUACAAGCAUGGCGGACCGAACGACAUCAUUCCCGCUGCCGACACCGUUGUGUGUUCUGGACCGCCUCACCUAUUCCAACGACCCAUCAUUGAACUGGAGGAGAAUGACUUCUGCCCUCCAGAUCCACCCCUCUACCCCAGCGGAGACUGGGAUUUCAACUCCCCCUCUACCAGAAUCUUAGUCAAACCAAUUUCCACCCCUCAAUCUCCGAAUGCUCCACACGACACCACCACCAUUACCCACCUACCCGCUUCCACCAAAACCUGGACCUCCGCUGAGUCCUGGGUCACAGUUGAGGUUGUAAAAUGGUUUAAUUUCUGGACCACUCCCUCGUCCAGUCCAGUCACUUUUUUACCAGAUAUUUCCACUCGAGACACCACCAAAUCACUUGCCGACACACAACACACAACGUCUGAGUCGCCAACCACUGGACCCAAUCAAAGUACUGGCCAACUGGACCCGCACACCUCCAUGACAACGAUCACGGUCCACACCAAACCACCAACCGUUGGACCCAUUACUACCAGAUCUCAACUUCAAAGUACCACCCGACCUGAACCGCAUACCUGGAUCGUGGUCCAGACUGAACUGCCAACCGCUGAACGGAUCACUGCCCGAACAGAACCACCAACCAGUGUUGGUCCGCACUGGGCAGAUGCUCGUGAUGCGGAUGGAAGGAUGCUUCCAUGGUGCUGGUGGUUAUUUGCUGGCUUUGUGUUGCUGUGUGUGCUGUCGGCGCUCACGUCCAGUUUUCUGUUUCUUUGGCUCCUGAGAAACUACCUUACCAUCUACCGGCGGCUCAAGCGUCACGGCUUGGCUCGCUUAGCCAGCGAUGGGGUCAUCCUACGGGCGUACAGAUGUGCUGAAAACACCCAGACAAGGGAGAAUGAGGAUGAGAGCGUGAGCUUUUUAGCCCUAGAACAGAUCAAAGCCGUUCAAGCCGUAUUCCGGAGCGUUCUCUUCAUCAACCAGAGGGAGGAGCAAUACGGAGCAAGUGAGACUGAAGGGAAAGAUGUUUCUUCUAAAAUAGAAGUGGUUCCUGUGGCAGGGGAAUCGAGAGAUAAAGAACAAGAGCCGUUGGUGAGCGGGGAAGUGUUCAGGAAGACGCUGUACAGGGUGAUUAGCCAAGAAGAGGAAGCAGAUGGAUGGAGAGAGGAAGAGGAACGCUGGGUGCAGAGCAGAGAGGGAACGACUGCUCGCUACAGUCUGAUCCUGAGGGAGGACCGAGGACGACAGCAGGAGAUGCAGUGGGUGGUUGGGGAAUGGGAGCUGGCGGAUGGGGGUGUGGCCUAUCAGAGGUCCUGCUCUCUGAUUGGCCAGCCCUCCACCAUCGCUCUGGAGUGAACCGCCAUUGGACAUAAUUUGGUCUCAUCCAUUAACUCUAAAAUAUUGAUUGAUUCCAAGCCAUGUUUUAUUUGUGUAACACUUUUCACAAUAUUGUUUCAAUGCAGCUACAGAAAAAUAAAGUGAAAAUGAGAUUUUUCUGUCA